AUGGCGAAGGGUUUCUACAUCAGUAAAGUUGUUGGGAUAGUGUGUGGCGUGGUGGCCGUGGGUGCUGUGGCCACUAUCAUAGCUCUGUCUGUUGUUUACUCGCAGGAACAGGCGAAAAACAAUGACAGUAACCCACCCCCAGUGACUGCACCGCCCAGCUCGACGACAGCUAAACCGCCCGGCCCAACGACAGCUGAACCAUCCAAUGAGCUUUGGGACAAGUAUCGGCUGCCCACUAACCUGGUGCCAAUCCACUAUAACGUCACCCUGAGGCCACGACUGACUCCAGAUGCAACCGGAAAAUACAUCUUUACUGGUGAAUCUUCUGUGGAAUUUUUGGUGAAUGAGACUACCAACCUGAUCCUCAUCCACUCAAACAAGCUGAGCUACAGUCCAGUUAGCAAUGGCCCCUCGGCGAGGCUCACAGCAGUCAACGGCGGCACAGUCCCCGGCAUCGAGUCCGUGUGGCUGCAGAAUGAGACUCAGUACCUGGUCGUGCAGCUGAAGGGUGACCUGACGAAGGGCAACUACUACAUCUUGGAAACCACCUUUGAAGGAGAACUCUCUGACGACCUCGGAGGCUUCUACAGGAGCGAGUACAUUGAGAACGGAGAACUGAAGGUUAUUGCGACCACUCAGAUGGAGGCGACGGAUGCCAGGAAGGCUUUCCCCUGCUUUGACGAGCCGGCGAUGAAGGCUACUUUCGACAUCACUCUGAUCCACGACCUGGGGACUGUAGCCCUGUCCAAUGGCAAGGAAAUAGAAACAACAAACGUCACCAUGGAUGGUGAAAAUGUGCUGGUGACAAAAUUUGAGAGAACUGAGAGAAUGUCCACCUACCUGCUGGCGUUUAUCGUCAGCGAAUUUGAUUUCAUCCAGGACAACAGCAGUGAUGUUUUGAUCCGCAUCUUUGCCCGGAAGCCUGCUAUCGAUGCCGGCCAAGGAGACUACGCUCUCAACAAAACUGGACCCAUGCUACAAUACUUUGAGCAGUAUUACAAUGUCAGCUACCCUCUGCCCAAGUCUGAUCAGGUAGGUCUGCCAGACUUCCCUUUUGGAGCCAUGGAGAACUGGGGUCUGAUCACCUACAGGGAGACGUCGCUGCUGUACGAUGAGGAAUACUCGUCCAACUCCGACAAGGAGAGGAUCGCCACCGUUAUCGCCCAUGAGCUGGCUCACAUGUGGUUUAGCGCUCUUGUGACCAUGCGAUGGUGGAAUGACUUGUGGCUGAACGAAGGUUUCGCGACCUACGGCGAGUACCUGGGAGCACACCAAGCUGAGCCCACCUGGAACAUUAAAGACCUCAUUGUCCUUAAUGAUGUCCACAAAGUGUUCGCCGUCGACGCCUUGGCCUCUUCUCACCCUCUGACCUCUAAAGAAGAAGACAUCCAGAAACCAGCCCAGAUCAAUGAGCUGUUCGACACCAUCGCAUACAGCAAGGGAGCUUCUAUUGUCAGGAUGAUGUCAGACUUCCUAACCGAAGACGUCUUUAAAAAGGGGUUCCAGACCUACCUGAAGGAGUUUGCUUUUGAAAACACCGUCUACACAGACCUCUGGACACAUCUGCAGAUGGCUGUUGACACCACCAGUACUGCCCUACCUCAGCCGAUCAGUAACAUCAUGAACACCUGGGUGCUGCAGAUGGGCUUCCCUGUGGUCACCAUCAACACCGCGACUGGAAACGUUUCCCAGAAGCACUUCCUGCUGGAUCCAGAAUCUGUAGUCACCACUCCUUCCCCCUACAACUAUGAGUGGAUCGUUCCAAUGCGGUGGAUGAAGACCGGAGCUGUGCAGAAUCUGACGUGGCUGGAGACGAAAUCAGCUUCAAUCCCGGCGAUGAAGGUAACGGGGAAUGAGUGGGUGCUGGCUAACAUCGACGUGGUGGGAUACUACAGGGUCAACUACGACCAGGCCAACUGGGACAAACUCCUCAAUGUUCUGAACACCGACCAUGAGCUCAUUCCAGUGAUCAACAGAGCCCAGCUGGUGGACGACGCCUUCAACCUGGCCAGAGCAAAGAUCAUCCAGACAGUGGAGGCCCUAAAAACCACCACGUACCUGAGCAAAGAGAGAGCCUACAUGCCGUGGGCGUCGGCCAUCAACAACCUGGACUACUUCUACCUGAUGUUCGACCGCAGUGAGGUCUAUGGGCCCAUGCAGGAUUAUCUGAGGAAACAGGUGACCCCUCUCUUCAACUACUACGAAAACCUGACAGGGAACUGGGCUGAUGUUCCUACAGGACACAUGGACCAGUAUAACCAGGUGAACGCCAUCAGCCUGGCCUGUAGGACCGGCCUGCAGGAGUGUCAGGAGCUGACCUCAUCUUGGUUCAGAGACUGGAUGAACACCGGCAUCAACAAGAUCCACCCCAACCUCCGCUCCACCGUGUACUGUAACGCCAUCGCAGCAGGAGGUGUUGCUGAGUGGCAGUUUGCCUGGGAUAAAUUCAAAAGUAUUAGCAUUGCCUCUGAAGUUGACAAACUACGCAUUGCAUUGUCCUGCACCGAACAGGCCUGGCUGCUGAACAGGUAUCUGGAAUAUGCCCUGAACCCAGACAUGAUCAGGAAGCAGGAUGCCAUGUCCACCAUCGUCUACAUCGCCAACAAUGUGGUUGGUCAGUCUCUGGCAUGGGACUUUGUCAGGGCUCGAUGGUCUUACAUCUUCAGCCAGUACGGUAGUGAAUCAAACUCCUUCCCCAACCUCAUCAACGGAGUCACUGAACGCUUUUCCACAGAAUUCGAGCUUCAACAGCUGAAGCAGUUCAAGGCCGAUUAUGCCAACAUUGGCUUUGGCUCUGGGACUCUGGCACUGGAUCAGUCCAUCGAGAGAACAACGGGCAACAUAAAAUGGGUCACAGAGAACAAGAACAAUGUUCUGAACUGGUUCACAACUGAAUCUACGCCCUAAUAAGGAGUUUACUUG